AUGAUGAUGCUUCAGUUACAGCAGAGCAUACAGCAGAAGCAUACCAUGCAGAAGAAACCCGAGGCCGGGCAGUUACCCGAAAACCCAAGAGCGGAGCUAGAAAGGCAGCUAGCUCAAUCGGAAAACCAACUGGUAUCCUCCGGCGACAACAAGCCUAGGGAGCAUUCCUCUUACAGACACGAUCGACCAAAACACAACUCUGGAGCAAGUGGGAGACACGAACCAUACCCCAAGGACCAUGUUUACCGAACUAACUACAACAAAAUACCCGAGCAAGCUCCCAAGACCAUGAUGUCGAGAUCUCUCCCCGAGUACCCCAAUAACACCCAGGUACAGGAGUACGGGAUGAAAAUGAAUGCUCAGUACCGUGAACAAGUCCCUCCUUAUCGAAGUAGAGAAUCUUCUGGUCAGCACGCUCAUGGUGAUGCGGAGGGGAAGAGUAGAGAGGAGACGGCUCGUGAUUUAUCGGGGAUCAGCCGGAACGGGCAUAUUUCUGAUCCGAAAGGCCCUAAAGUGAGCGAUCCUACUAAAGAAAGAUCCCGAGACUCGUUUCAGUAUCAGUAUAGCAGUGAUACUCCUAACCAACUUGUCCGAACCUCCAACUUUCAUUCCAGAGAGGGUAAUGCGGGUUAUAGGGAGCAACAUGUGCAGAGGGAGCAACACCUCAACCGGGAGGGACAUUCGGUGAGGGAACCUCAUCGCGAGUCCAACUCUCUUCCACCUCAAGGACACGUACAACGUGACCCAAACGGUACGGUCCGGGAAAACCAUGUCCAGGGCCGUGAUGUCCAGAGCCGUGAUCUCCAAAGGGAUCCUCAACAACCCGCUCCACGCCGUGAUCCUAACGUGACCCUCAGUAGAGGCUCAUCUCGUGAACAUCCUCGUAACCAAAACAGAGCACCACCUGCCGCCCAACCACAAACUCCACUGCUGUCCAACCACCGGGACUCGAGCACCAACAACAGAGAGCAUUCUCUCACCAGGCCGGUCUCAAAACACGAAAAGGUAUCGCCGAAGGAGAAAGAGAAAAGCACCCCCAAGAUGCCCGAUUUGAACAAGCCCGCAUCUUACAACAGCAUGGACCAUUUGAAGCACCUGGAGUUGCAGAAAGAGUUGAAACUAACCGCUACAGCUUCUGCAAAACCACCCCUUCACAAUCCUAGGACGCACAUGAUAACCAGCGCCAUCCCUCCUCCAGAACUGAAGAAAGCUAGAAACUUCAAGGACGUCCAUCCCCGCGAUCUUCCCAGCCAGCCUCCAGAAAUGAGAAUAGCCCCGACUCACAUUGAUUCCAGGUCAAGCUACGUUUCUCAUCAGGCGGGGAACCUACCUCAUCCAGUCAACAACCGUCCCGAGGAACGGAAGAAGUCUGAGGAAAAGAAGCGGACAGAUGAUAAAGUGAAACUUGUUGAUCACUCGGUGAAGAAACACACUGACAUCCCAACAAGGAAGUCUGUCGAGCCCUUUCCCCAUCCCGAAGAAACGAACAACAAUGAUUUGAAGAGAAAAAUCGAGGUAAAAACUGUUCCAUCCGUGAAGAAGAGUUCGGUCAAGGAAAACCCAAAAUUAGCUGUGGUGACGAAGACUUCAGAUGGCAAAUCUCGACCUAAUCAGGACCAUAGAUCACGCGACGAUCUGGGUAAACACUUGCACACCUCCAGGAUAAGGGAGGAGCAGGUGUCUAAAGCGAGGGAGGAAAAAGCGCGGGAGGAAUCUCGGCUCAGAGAGGAGCAGCAUAAAGCUUUAGCAGCAUCUGCCAGCCUCGCCUUCGAAUUUAAAGGAUCCCCAGAACCUCCUGCAAGACCAAAGUUAUCAUCGGAAUACAACUCUCGCCCGAAAACGCUGGCCCCAAACGAGUACAACCCUGCCCGCUCAAAGCCGCCCUCCGUUGACGCCACUCCCCGAACAGAAGACCCUGCCAGUUCCCCCGAGUUAGUGAUCGAGGAAGAGGAGAAGACAGAACCUACUGUCAAAGCGAUCCCCGACUCUUCACGUCACUCCCCUGAUUCAUCCUCAUGCGUCAACAAGAAUACUAACGGUGCCAAUCGCAUAACUAAUGGUGGUAGCAGUGUGUUGGGUUACGACCUUGAGGACGUUUCUCCUCCUUCGACCUCCCCCGACCACCCAAAACGCGACAUAACGCAAGAUGCUCUAAUGGAGUCGUUCGUAAACAAUAAGCGCCGCAGAGUUGAUCAAACUUACAACCACCACGAGAAUUCUAACGAGCUCAAAUUAACAUCUGAGCACCAGAAAGUUGACGAGAAGCCCAAGGAGCUCAACAAACAUUCUAAAUUCUCGUUCUCCAAUUCAAUCGAGCGGCCUAGGGAAGACAAGUCAUAUCUUUCGACUAACGGAACGCUCCUGAAAACUAGGGAGGACUUAGCAUACGGCCAGGAUCCGGUAUUCAACCACACGAAGAGCGAAACUCGACCAAGUUUUGACGAGCGACCAAUUCAAUCUCAGGACCUGAGCAGUUCCUCGACGGAUUUAUCGAACACUGAUAACAAAAGUUAA